GUGUGGCGGCAAUGGAGGAGGGACUUGGCAUUGUGGGUUUGCAUGAGAUGGUGGAGAAGCUCUCUUUGGUUUUUGCAUGCAUACAUGCGAGUUGGGUCCAACUUUUCACGCAUUAAAUGUUGUUGUUGUUGUUGAUGUUAUUGUUUCAUUCCGUAAUUUUGCAAGAGAUUUGAGCAUGUGGGUCGAUUUGAGCAGUUUCUCUGUGUGUCGCGAGUUCGGUGCUGCAUGUUUUGCAGCCUUUUCAUGUCCAUUCUGAACAACGAGCGGGGCGCAGAGUCUUUGUCUGAAGAUUUAUUGUCCCAGUUUCUCUAUAAUCGUCUCUUGGAAUGUUUCCUCUGUGGAGCUGUUGAAAUGGGUUUCAGUUGGCGAGUUGUGUAGGUUGAGAAGGAAUUAGGGUUCGGAAAAGGUGUCUUCCUUCAGGGUGGGAUAACUCCACGAGUUUGCGUUAGGGGUAGCGAAGAUGCCGUAUGUUGAUGAUGCGCUGCUGAGUAGAAUUAGAGUCUACCUGAGGCUGAGACCAUCUGUAAAGCCCUCUCCAGCGAUCAACAUCGAGUCCGAGACGCAUAGGGUGCUGAUCGAUGUGGAGAAAUCUAUCGGCGGAGGGCCUCCUAAAGCAUACGUGAACCAGAUUGUCUUCAAUGUGGACAACAUCGUUCAGACCACCAAUCAACAGACCAUGUAUGAGCUGUGUGCGAAGGCAAGUGUGGACGAAUUUUUGAAGGGGUAUAAUAGCACUAUCAUGAGUUAUGGCCAAGUUGGGGCUGGCAAGACUUUUACAAUGACUGGUGAUAUGAAGGUCUAUGUUCAUCGAGGGAUCAUUCCACGAGCAAUUCAGCAGAUCUUUGAGGAAAAAGAAGCAAAACCUGAGGCUGGUAUUGUUGUCCACAUGUCUUACAUGGAAAUAUAUCAGGAGGGACUAUACGACCUUUUGCAAAAAAGACGUGACGAUUUGAUGAUAAUUGAGGACAACCAGCUUCUAAAUGUAAGAGGUCUAGCAAAAGUGCGAGUUGAAACUGAAACGGAAGCACUGAAAUGGUUCCAGGAAGGAGAGAAGUCAAGAUCUUUUGGAAACCAUUUCCUUAAUUCGCUCUCAAGUAGGUCACAUACAAUCCUCACUUUCUAUAUGGAGAGAAGAGUGGCAAGGGUUAGCACUCAACUAGCACUCCAAGUUGCGAAGCUAAAUCUGGUAGAUUUAGCUGGAGUAGAGCGCUUGAAGAAGACCAAGGGAGACACAGGAAGCCUAAUGAGAAAAGAAGCUUGUAUCAACAAUAAGACCCUAUCAUUCCUCGAACAGACCAUUUUUGCUCUCAGAUUAAAGAAAGCACACAUUCCUUUUCGACACAGCAAAGUCACGACAUUAUUGAAAGAAUCUCUCGGUAAUAACCACAAAACUGUGUUCAUGGUGUGCGCAUGGCCAGAAGAGUACUUCCUUGAUGAGACGAUUGGUGCAUUAAGGUUUGCUCAAAGAGUGAAGUACCUCAAGAUAUUCCAAGUCACUCACAAAAAGCCGGAUUGUGCCGACACUACCAGAAAGCAGCAACUAGAGAUUGCAACUCUAAAGCAAGAACUGGCUCUGAAAGAUGCGUUGAACGGUCGACCUGGCUUGGGCUAUGACAACUUAACGCCAGAAGUAAAAGAUAAAUUAAGAUCAACUAUUCAAGAAUUUCUAGAAAAUGAUAAAAAACUUGGCGAUAUUCCUAUAAACAGUAUUAAACAAGUAAAAGAAAUAUUUUAUCUCUUCAAAGAGUCACAAAUGAAGUUGGAAAUUGAGCUUGAAAAAGCGCUUCAACAAUCUGGGAUAUCACCAAUGAAACAAGAGCUUCAUAAAAAAGAAUAUUGUGUGGAGGAAUUACUGCUUGGUGAAUUUGAUGAUGAUGGUGUCACACUAAAUGUCAAUCAAGGGGCCUCAAAAGCAUUAGAGCCAGAUGCUAUUCGUGCAGGGGUCACUAUGUUAGAUUAUAAGCAAGGAGACCCUUUCUCCAAAAUAUGGAUUUCUUCAAACAAACUAAGAAACGAGGCUAUGAAGGAGUUCAAACUUACAGUUCCAAAAGUUAAAGAAUAUGAGACUUGGAUCAAAGCAAAAAAGAAGCAAUUAAAAAGAGAACGGCGCUGCGCUCGAGAUUUGUGUGACAAGUUCAAUGAAAUAAUUCGUGAGAUUCAUGUUAUUCAGAGUAUCCUAAAAGAGAAAAGGGGAUUACGGGAUUUUGAAAUGGAUGUUGAUCAUUACAAAACCAAUUUAUUCAAUAGGUUUCAAACAGUUAAAGGAGAUCGUGAAAAAACCUUAAAUGAUAUUAAAAUACAGAAGUUAAUAGUUACAAAAAUCAGUCAAGAAAUACGAGAUUGCAUGGAAAUGUUCUUAAAAUCAUUUUAUCUCUGGUAUUACGAACAUGACAAAUUUCGGGGAAAGGACACUGAAGCAUAUUUAUCACAUUUAGAGAGGCAAGUGAAUGAUUCCUUCACGCAUCCGAAUUAGAAGAAGAAGAAGAAAAGAAAAUAAAAACACACACACACACAAUUUUAUGUAUACAAAGCUUAAAUGAUUCAUUUGUGGGUUGUUGAUGACAAAUUCCAAACAUAAGUUAUCUCUAUUUUAAAAAUUGCAAAUUUUGUGAUGUUAUGCUAUCAAAUGUUAUCAAGGUUGUUUAAAAACAUGUUGUGAAAUGGUGUCAAUG